AUGUCCCCCCCCGCCCAGCCGGGGCUGCCGGGCGGGCGCGGCUCUAAGGGGCCCCCGGCGCGGAAGCUCCUCUGCAUGUGCAGCCUCUCCCUGUGCCUCACCUACCUGUGCUACAGCCUGAUGGGGGGCACCGGUCCCGCCGCCCUGCGCUCCCCCGCCGCCCUCCCCGGCUCGGCGGCCCCCGGAGCCCCGCGUUCCCCCAGCGCCUUCCCCGCCACGGUGGCCCCGCGCUCCCCCGCCAGCCCCUCGGGCAGCCCCGGCGCCCCGGCCGCCUCAGCCGCUCCUCCGCCGGCCUCCAACGGCAGCCGAGAAGGGGCGGCGGGCACCUGGCUGCGGGCGCGGCUGGCCCCCGGGGAGGUGAUCACGGCACAGAGCGGAGCCUUCGAGAGGGACCCGCAGGAGUCCAGCACCACGGACGAGGAGCUGAGCCGGGCCGGGAGCCCGGGCAGCCGCGGCGGCGGCAGCAGCACCACGCCGGACUACGGGGAGAAGCGGCUGCCGCAAGCCCUCAUCAUCGGGGUGAAGAAGGGGGGGACGCGGGCGCUGCUGGAGGCCAUCCGGGCGCACCCCGACGUGCGGGCCGUGGGCACCGAGCCCCACUUCUUCGACAGGAACUACGAGAAGGGGCUGGAGUGGUACAGGAACGUGAUGCCCAAGACGCUGGAGGGACAGAUCACCAUGGAGAAGACCCCCAGCUACUUUGUGACCAACGAGGCCCCCAGGCGCAUUCACUCCAUGGCCAAGGACACCAAGCUGAUCGUGGUGGUGCGCAACCCGGUCACCCGCGCCAUCUCGGACUACACGCAGACCCUCUCCAAAAAGCCAGAGAUCCCCACCUUUGAGGUGCUGGCCUUCAAGAACAGGACUCUGGGGCUGAUCGAUGCCUCCUGGAGUGCUAUCCGCAUUGGGAUUUAUGCCCUGCACUUGGAAAACUGGCUUCAGUACUUCCCCCUCUCCCAGAUCCUGUUUGUCAGUGGUGAGAGGCUCAUCACUGACCCAGCUGGGGAAAUGGCCAAGGUCCAGGACUUCUUAGGCCUCAAGAGGAUUGUGACAGAGAAGCAUUUUUAUUUUAAUAAAACGAAGGGGUUUCCCUGUCUAAAGAAGCCAGAGGACAGCAGUGCUCCCCGGUGUUUGGGCAAGUCCAAGGGUCGAACUCACCCCAAAAUAGACCCAGACGUCAUCCACAGACUGCGGAAGUUUUACAAACCCUUCAAUGUCAUGUUUUACCAAAUGACAGGCCAAGAUUUCCAGUGGGAGCAGGAAGAAAGUGAUAAGUAGAACCACAAAAUCAGGAAAAAAUCUUUUUUGUUUUUGGGAUGUGAAUCAUCAUUUCAGACCCAAAACUCUCUUGGGGCUGGAGGCUCAGCCCUGAGUGUAACAGGCUCUUGUGUUGUCAGGGCUGCAGCAGAAGUCACCCCACAUGUGCAGUUCAGGAACUCCAGUGGCCUGUCACCUCGGGCUGCUCUCCCCACGGCACCCCUGGGGGUCAGGGGCAGGUGGGAGGAGGAGGAGGAGGAGGAGGAGGAGGGGAAGCAGGGAUCCUCAGGGUGAUGGGGCACUUUGUGUCGCCGUUUCGCUGCUGGUGUCCCCCUUGCAGCCAGGCAGGCAGGACCAGACCUCAUGCCAUGGCAAGCUGGGCAAGAGGGUGGCUCCCAAAGCCCAGCACUGGCACAAGCCCACAGAUUUGAUUUCUCCUGCCCUGCACUUUAGUUUUGCCCAAACAGCAGCAUCUGAUCUGGUAAAUUCAGGCCUUGUGCACUCAUAUGCACACUGGUCUUUGUGUGUGGAAGGAAUAAAGCCAGUUAUGCUGCAAAGGAA